AACGAGGGCGGCUUUUAAACGAGGGCAGCUUACAUUGUUUUACCCAAGUCCGGCCUAGCUGCUUCCCGGUUAGCUGAGGGUGAUAAUGUAGAAGAUGUGGAAAAAAUACCUCUGGACGACAUUGACGGUCCGUUAUCUCGACGAUGUUGUUGUUGGUUGAAAUUCUAUUAUAUAGUGUAGAUAAUCGAGUAGAUACGGUAGGCUUUGUAAGGUAGUAAGGCAUGCAAAUGCAUGACGUGUUUGAAGGACAGUAGAUUAAUGUAAACAAGAACACAUAGCUCAAAUGCAGGAAUGUCCGAAGCAUUUCAAAAUUAGAGUGACAUGUACAUUUCUGACAAUAGUUUUGUCCUAAAAACCAAAUAUCAAUUUGAAAGUCAGAACAAACAGGCCAUUAUAAAAUGUUGAUGUGAAUCCUCGCAUUGUUUACAGUAAAGCACAAUGAGAGCCCUUCCAUCUUUUCAAAAGCACAUCGUUCCUACCCAAAAGAGUUCCGUUUUUUAUGAAUUUAUGUACCACCCUGAUCCUGGGUACGUAGGAUACACAGCUCAAAGAUUGGGGGAAAGAAUGAGAGAGCCUGUUCUCUUCAACAAAAGAAGAAAAGUAAUUUCCUGAGAGAACAGCCUCUUCGGUCUUACAGAUCUAAACAAACUAACAAAACCUAUGAUUCUGCCAUUUGGCAGCAACUCUCGGAAAAGCCAGAUUGUGCCCGAUCAUUGGCAGAGCGCGGUUGUCCAUGAACUUAAAAAUUGUAUUUUGUCGAUCAAAAGAAUUUCAAAAAAGAUUAUUGUCAUAGGGUAGACCUUUCCUUCCAUGAAGAUCGAUGACCUCGAAUUUUAUUUCCAUAAUCUUUCUUGGUUUGAUUUUACUGUAUAAUGUAACAUUUACUAGCGAGCUUUAUCGAAUACGAUAAAGUUGUCGAAUUUGGUUAAAUGUUGAGUCUUUGGUUUUUGGAGAUAAACCGUUUGAAUGAGCCGUCAAGGCAAAGACUGGAAUGCCCCUCACCCUGGCCUUGCACCUUUGUAACUUCAGGUAAAUCAACUAUCAUUCAAACGAUAUGUCUUCUGUAUUCCCAGACCCUUGUGAGAAUAAAACACCCCUCAUCACCCCCAUCUCACUUUCUCUCGCCCCAACACUUUUCUUCGUUUCUUUGAUCUACUUGGAAUAUUACCGUUAUCUCUUCCUUUCUAGUUGAAUCAUUUUGAAUUGGUGUUUUCACAAAGGGGCAAAAAUGAAUACAUGCAAAAUAAGGAGAAGUAUUAUUGCUUUAUCCACCCAGUGUUUUGAAAAACCUCUCUCGAAACUAAGAAGCAUUAAAGGUAGUUUCAUUUGUCAUGUCUACACUCCUGUUACCAUAGCAUAGCCAAACGUUCUUUCGGUAUUUUCUUUGCCAAUUUAUUGCGUGAGCGUUGCUCUGUUUUCCGUAUUUAGCAUCGUUUUAGCUGGCUGCAAGAUCGUUCAAAGCAAGUUUUUUCACAAGAGAAUUUGAUUUUGUUACUUGGUGUUACAAUGAUUAAAAAUGGUAUUAAAACAGGCCGGCUUAUGUUUCAGCUUGCUGUUUAUUUUAUGCUACUGUUGUUCAUCAUCGCAUUUUUUCACAGAGGCUUUUCAUCUGGACUCGGAGAAGUUUUAGUUAACAAGAGAUUUAUCGUCCCUGGUCUAAGUGAUGCUGGCACCACAUCAAUGGAAAGAGCUCAAAAGCAUCUCACGGAACCAGUAACCCUAGAGAACUGUAAAAAAGGCGAAGAUCUAGUCGGCCGAAUCUAUGUUAAUCAGUCAAGUAUUACAUGGGAGAAACUCAAAGAAGAACUCAAAUUCAUAAAGCCCGGUGGAUAUUUUAGCCCUCCUGAUUGCACGCCCACUGUCAAAGCAGCAAUUAUCAUCCCUUAUCGUGACAGAGAUGCACACUUGAAAGUGUUCUUGAGACAGAUUCACCCAAUGCUGCGCAGACAGAAAAUAUUCUUUCAAAUUUUUGUCAUUGAACAGGCAGAUGAAAACAGAUUCAAUAGAGGAAAGCUUAUGAAUGUCGGCUUUGCAGAGGCGUUGAAACGUUUAAACUUCUCUUGCUUCAUCUUCCAUGAUGUUGAUUUGAUUCCUGAGGACGAUCGGAAUUUCUACGGAUGCCAUCUUUCUCCUGCUCACAUGUCAGUUGCGGUGGACAAAUUUAAAUACGAGCUUAUCUAUCAAACUCUAUUUGGUGGCGUUGUGAUGUUCACGAAAAGCGAUUUCGAAAAAGUCAAUGGUUUUUCUAAUGCUUUCUGGGGAUGGGGCGCUGAAGAUGACAAUCUAUAUCAAAGACUUGGUCAAAAUGGACUAGUAAUGAAGAGACCAGCUAUUGAAAAAGCACGAUAUACAAUGAUAAAACACUCUGAGGCACCUAAAAGCGACGAAAGGUUUAAAACUCUGAAGGAAGCUGUUUCGCACACGCAAAAAGAUGGAUUGAAUUCUUUGGAGUACAGAGUAACAGACUCUUAUGAGCAUGACUUAUAUACAAAAAUUUCUGUUAACCUUCUAAGAAAUGCACCAAGUGAUUCAGCCUAGAACGGGGCUUACCAACUGUGAUCCCAGGAAGGGCUUACCUUCAAUUCAAGUGCAUAACACAGUUUGGCUCAGCUGUUUGCUUCUGGUAACAAAAGGCUAAAAAAUAUUUUAUUUUUAUUUUCUCAAAAUGUUUGGAUUUUCGCAACGCAAUUCAAGGAUCUUAAAAGAAGGAUUUACCGUUACUGGAUAGCAAGGAAAUCUCUUUAAGAAUUUUCUUGCUUUCUUUCGUUUUGACAAUAAUUCAACCAUUUAUAGAAUAACACCGGCAUUUCUUUGCUCAAGGUUCCGGUGAACGUUUUUGAUACGAUAUUUGGUUCUCUCCCUAAAAGCCAAACUAUCAUCGUAAUCCUAUUUAACUAUACAUCAUUCGAUGCACAAUAAUGUGGUGAUUCAAGUCAUAUUAAAAGAAUUUAAAAAUAUUGUAAAAUUAUAUUUUCCACGCAAAUUCAUUGCUUAAACGGGUACCACCUUCAAAAGGUUUGUACCCGGAAGCUUGGGGUAAUAAUCAGCAGGAAGUGCAGAUCCCAAGCAACCAAAAUAAGUCUCAGAUUUUUUAAAUUCUUCCUCUCCUUUAAUCUUACCUUGUCAAAAUUUGGCAAUCAAUUUUUCUUCGCUCCUAUAGUUAUAUUUGGCUAUAAAAGACGGACCAGAGCAAAUGCAAAAAUGUUGAGACAAUCUUUGUUUACCCGACGUCUGUCCCGGCCAUAUGCAAAUUUUUGAGCCAUUCGAUUGGUUCCUUGGGUACCAAAUAGCUUUUUUGUACCUGUAUAUAGACGAACCGUGAGUCCUGAGAAAACGGGAUUUUGCUAAUCUGGGUCAAGUCAUUUGAGAUCAAUGAGCCUGUUUAAAUAAACAAAGCCGUAUAGCCAUUUGAUUGUAGCUAGUUAUUGCAAAUGAGACAUGCGACCACAAUCGCAAUGCAACGAUAAUCGGCCUACCAGGUCAAGAGACUUAUAGACCUCAACUAAGGCCCCGUUUACACGGGAACGGAUCCGCAUAGAUCCGUACCCAAACUGACUACGAUAGGCCUUGCGUUUACACGGGCACGGUAGGAUUCGUAUCUUCUCUGGGAGAGAUCCGUACCUUUUUGGGUACGAUUCGAAAGCGAAUCCAUUCGGAUUCGUACCUUCAUCGGCGCCGUGUAAACGGGAAGGUACGGAUCCACAAAAGCACGGCAGUAAAACGAGACUGUUGCUGGGGUCAAUGGAGGCCAUUUCAAUUGUACGCAGCACUCAUUAUGCAACAAAGAAACUACUCUCCCACCCCCACUCUUUUGUCCACAGUCGACAAGCCUUUCUGAACCCUGUCUUCAUUUUAUUUAUUUUCUCUUCACUUUCUCUUUUGUAUUUUUUUCUUUAUCCUGACUAUUUGGAAAGUCCUCUGUUGCUGUUUCUGGAUAGGCCUCGAUAAAUUUAAGUAGAAUGUCUUUGUAUUUCGAAAUAACAGCCCCCAAGUCUUCUCCAUUUUGCAUUUUAGCAGCUUUGUAAUCCAUAACUACUUUCGUCAACAAAGCUGUCUUCUCG